AUGUUUGCAGUUAGAUUUGAUCCCAGUCAGUUAGUGGAGGAGUCUGUUGAAGAUGAGGCUCCAAAGAAGGUUAUUCCUUUGAAGAGAUCGAAAUCUGAUGAGGAGGACGAAUCAAGUGAAGAGGAAACAGAAUCAAGUGAGGACGAGGAAGAGAAAGAGAAAGAGGAGGUUGCUGAUGAGGAUAGUAUGGAUGUCGACGAUGAGUCUAGUGGAGAUGAUGAUGAGGAGGCAGAAGAAGGUGAAGUUGAUGCGGCCUCUGAUCAUCCUGAUAAACACAAUUCAGUUAUGUCCAGGUUCCAGCAGACUCUUGCUUUACAAGAUAAAAUGGACUCAGAGAGUUUGGUAAAUGAGAAUGAAGAGGUUAAUGAUGAAAAUAUAGUGGAAUCUCAUAAUCUGGAAAGAAUUCCUCAACCUGCAAAGGUGAAGGAAUCUGCAGUUGCACCUGCCGCUGUUUCUCAAUAUAAAUCAGCAGCGUGGUUAAACACCGAAACUAUUCAUUAUGAUAGCUCAAUGGUGAGAAAAUUCUCAGAUUUUGAGGACCAGAUAGAUCCAAAACUAUUGAAGAAUAUACAACAAAAUUUCUCUACUGAUACUUUCCCAAUCCAAUCCAUAUUAUUGGAAACUUUAUUACCUACUUUGAACUUCUCAUAUAAUAUUACCAAAAAGAAUUUUACUAGAAGAGUAGGUGACGUAUUGGUGAAUGCCUCUACUGGUUCAGGUAAGACGUUGGCAUACUCUAUACCGAUCUUACAAAUUUUAUCUAAACGUACUGUCAAUAAACUAAGAGCAUUGGUUAUUGUGCCUACAAAGCUAUUGAUUAACCAAGUUUACGAAACGUUUAACAAUCUGGCACAGGGGACCAGUCUGAUAGUAAGCAUCUCAAAGUUGGAAAACUCCUUGAAAGAAGAAAAUAAGAAACUGCUACAAAAUGAACCAGAUAUUUUAAUUACGACUCCUGGUAGAUUAGUUGAUCAUUUACAGAGUGGUGCGGUUAAUUUGAGAAACCUGAAAUUCUUAGUAUUAGAUGAAGCAGAUCGUCUAUUGAAUCAAUCAUUCCAAAAUUGGUGUAACGAGUUAUUGAAUAAAUUGAAAACUGAUAAACAGGACCACAUGCCAGGUAAUAUCGUUAAAAUGGUGUUCAGUGCUACUUUAACUACAAAUACAGAAAAACUUCAUGGAUUACAAUUUUACAACCCUAAACUGUUUGUCAUGGAUUCUGUCAAACUUUAUCAUUUACCAAGAAUGUUACAAGAAUACAACUUGCAUAUCCCAACUGCUAAAACUUCAUACAAACCUUUAUUCUUAUUACGUCUAUUAUCUGAGAUAAAUGGUUCAAAGAUGCUAGUGUUUGUGAAAUCAAAUGAAAGCUCGUUGAGACUAGCCUCACUUCUAUCCAUCAUGAUUGAGCACAAGCUAGGAUCGCAAUUUGACAUCAACUCAGUCAAUUCCAACAACACUAAAGCCGAGAACAGAAGAAUAGUCAACGAAUUUGCUUCAAAUAACAAUACAUCCAAGGUACAAGUGUUAAUCACCACCGAUGUGAUGUCGAGAGGUGUCGAUAUCAACGACAUCACAGAUGUAUUGAACUAUGACGUCCCAAUCUCUUCUCAACAGUAUAUCCAUCGUUGUGGUAGAACUGCCAGAGCUCAGUCGAAAGGUACCGCUUAUAACAUGCUGAUAGGUAAAGGUGAAAGAACUUUCUGGGCUACACAUAUAGACAAUGAUAUCAGUAGAGACAUCGAUGGAUGUCAACCACAAGUGUGGGGACAACAUGAUCAACAGAAUCAAAAAGAUGAAGGACAAGAGGAAGAAGCCCAGGUUCUGCCAUUAUUAACCGUCGAUCCAGAAACCGAAAGUAUUUACAAAGAAUGUCUAAACUCAUUAAAAGAAAAAGUGGAUACCAACAGAAAAUAG